AUGACCGCGCGCGCAGAUGCGGACCUGUCGGCCGACGACGUGGACUUCCUCGAGCACUCGCACCUGUCCCACCUCGUCCCCUUUUCCGACGAGCCGGUCUUCGAGGACCUGGUCAAGCCGGGCUGCGGCGGUUCCAAAAGAUCGCCCUUCAAGGCCCUGGAACAGCGGGACUGGCUCUUUUUCGAUGAAUCCGCCGUCGUCUUCUUGAUCUUGCGCACACCUUUCCACGACGACAAGACGCUGCGCGCACACCUCGCCCGUGUCACUCUCUCGCUUGAAGCGCACAUCACCAACACCCAAACCCCGGGCCGAGACCGCAGCCCGCCCGCCACUGAGCUCAUAUUCGGCGAUGACGCCAUCGAAUCGCGCCAAGGAAGAACUCAGGGACAGGGAGGACAUGGAGGAGAAGGUGUAGGUUCUGCUGGUGAUAAGGCGGGGGUGGAUCAGCCACUCGUAAUCAUCGACGAGCGCGAUUUUGAUGGCGACGACAACGACGACAAAGAAGACGAGAGAGAAGAUUCUACGCCGCACCAGUUCGCUUUCGCAAUAUGGAAGGUCCCAGUAUUCAUAGCACGCCCUCGUAUCCGACUACAGUCACCAACCGUCGUUUUCACAGUCUCGGCUCAUCUCCGCAGCGCCAGCCCGGCGAAUGAUGAGACUGAGAGGGGCCCGGAAAGUGUGGGCGGCGGCGGCGUCGUCUCCACAAAGGACGACUACAUGCAAAGCCGCGCUCCUGCUGGCCUGAACCUGCUUGAGCCUUUCGCCUACGAUGCGGCGCUAGGCGGCGUCCGGCCGCAGCUGUCGGCCCAGCGUGUCUCGCGUGUGGCCCCUCUGACACGACCCAAAGACCAGCUGCGGCCCAUCAGGGGCUCCCAGAACAUAGCCCUCCGCGCCGUGGCCGCGCUACAUACCCGUGUCAAGUUUGCUCGCCCCAACGCAGUCCCGGCCUCGCCAGACGUUAUCGCCAUGCUCGAGAUGGAUUUCACUCCCUAUUUCGACUGCGAGGUUGUCCUUACCAAAAUCAAGCUGGGUCUGCAGUCGGGCGUCGUCACAGAUCUCAACUCAGAUGCCGGCUUGUCACUGCCCCUGAGCUGCGUCGCCCACGACCAUGUCACGUUUCUCUACGGUCUCGCGCCCCCAGAGCACGAGCACCUUCUCGAAGGGGUGAGCGGCGGCUGGUCAGGGAACUCCAGGAACGCCCCAGGCGCACCCCCUGCCGCGCGUGAUCUCGACAUAUCCAUCGAAGUCAAGGCCCUUGUUCGCCCGGGAGUGUGCACACCACGCAUGACCAUGGCCUGGACCACGCAGCUGGACUUCACCCCGCCCGUUAACCCCGGGUUCGGGGCCUCAGCCCUCACGCCCCCGAUGCAGCGCUCGCACCGCCCCUCGCAGUUAUCCAUCGACGGAAUCGCGUCCAUGGUGAGCCCAGCCGUUUCGCGCCCAGACUCGCUUCCCGCGCUCGAGGCCGCCGCGGCCCGUAACACGGAGACCAUCAUCCCAGACUUUGGAAUCACGAUGACCUUCCUAGGGCCAGAUCGCCCUGUGCGCGUCGGCGAAGAGUUCUGCUGGUCCGUUUUUGUCGUCAACCGCUCCGGCACCGGCACCGCCCCCGUUGUGUCGGGCCUGGCCAUCUCUACAGGGGCGCCUCAGCACCACCAACCCUCGCCCUUACCGACCGCGACACCUACUACUCCCGCAGUGGGCGGCUCGGCGCGCAAGCUCGCCCUCCGGGUGGUACCCAAGCGCCGCCGAGCCGACCUCCGCGUGACCCGCCCGCCGUCCUCGCACCGCGCCAGCCACGGCCGCCAGCAGAGCCUCAUGUACCAGCGUCAGCAACAGGCCCGCGGCAACGGCAUCGACAGCGACGAGGUCGCAGACGCGGUCCUGGACGAGAACGUGGUGCACGCCAUGCAGCGCGGCUCGCUCCUCGACGGCGCCGACGUGGUCUGCCUGAGCGCCGAUGCCCGCGUCGGGCCCCUCGCCCCGGGCGCCUGCCACGUCGUCGAGCUCCGCUUCCUCGCCCUGCGCGCCGGCCGCGGCCCCGGCGACGCCGUCGAGUCGGUCGAGGCCGUCCGCGUCGUCGACCUGGUCUCGCAGGAGCACGUCGACGUCAGGGAGCUGCCUGCCAUAUUUGUUGAGCCCGAGGCGGACGAGACAUCAUGA